GGUAGCCAGAAAGGGCAGAUUUCAUGAACGCUGCAGGCCAAUCUCAAAAUAUUCUAUUUCAUGCCAAUGUGGGAUAGGGCAGGGAGCGUGGCUUCAGCUGCUCGCCGCUUUUACGUUUCCACAUCUGGCCUACAGACCUAAUUCUAACUCGCGAUCUCGUUUGAUGAAAUUCGAUCUUCGUGGUUUAAAUACCUCUCAAUUUAGGACGAUUUAACGUUUGCAACCGUUAAAAAAAACAAACCCUGUGCAGUAUCUGUGAAACCAAUAUGGACCUGGGAGAAAGAAAACAUGCUGCACACAAAUCCCAACCAUUGUCCUUAACACACACACACACACACACACAUACAUAAACACACGGGGAAGAUGGGGGAGGGGAGAGACAGACACGGAUAUAGACCAUGAGAGUCAAAGCGAGUCAAGUUAAAGCUUUCUCCGCCCCCAUCCACGAAUAUCCCCCUCCCGCGUUACUUAAUUACAAACAAAGCAAGCCAAUCAAGUGAUGUAUUAUUAUUUUCAAGCAGAGAGGCGAGAGGCAUGUAUUUUUAAUUGAUUUAUUUAUUUGGAGGACAUUAAUUCUCAGUCUGUGGCUGAUUUUCAAACCGUUUGCAAAGCGCGGCUCCAUUGUUCGCCGGGCGCUCAGGCCCCGCCCCCUGCUUUGUGUGCUGCGCGCGGAUUGGCCGGCGCGCGCGGGGGCCGCGUCAGCGCCCGCGAGCCCAUUCAUCUGUGCACUUGGGCGUUGGACCCCGCAUCUUAUUAGCAACCAGGGAGAUUUCUCCAUUUUCCUCUUGUCUACAGUGCGGCUACAAAUCUGGGAUUUUUUUUUAUUACUUCUUUUUUUAAAAAACUACACUUGGACUCCUUUUUUUGUGCUCGACUUUUCCACCCUUUUCCCUCCCUCCUGCGCUGCUGCUUUUUGAUCUCUUCGACUAAAAUUUUUUUAUCCGGAGUGUAUUUAAUCGGUUCUGUUCUGUCCUCUUCGCCACCCCCACUCCCCCCUCCCUCCGGUGUGUGUGCUGCUGCUGCCGCCGCCGCUGCUGCCGCCGCUGCUGCCGCUCGCCCCGUCGUUACACCAACCCGAGGCUCUUUGUUCCCCCCUUGGAUCUGUUGAGUUUCUUUGUUGAAGAAGCCAGCAUGGGUGCCCAGUUCUCCAAGACCGCUGCGAAGGGAGAAGCCGCCGCGGAGAGGCCCGGGGAAGCGGCCGUGGCCUCGUCGCCUUCCAAAGCGAAUGGGCAGGAAAACGGCCACGUGAAGGUAAACGGCGAUGCUUCUCCCGCGGCCGCCGAGCCGGGCGCCAAAGAGGAGCUGCAGGCCAACGGCAGCGCCCCGGCUGCCGACAAGGAGGAGCCCGCGGCCGCUGGGAGCGGGGCGGCGUCGCCCGCCGCGGCCGAUAAAGAUGAGCCGGCCGCCGCCCCGGAGGCCGGGGCCAGCCCGGCCGAGAAGGAGGCCCCCGCGGAGGGCGAGGCCGCCGAGCCCGGCUCGCCCACGGCCGCAGAGGGGGAGGCUGCGUCGGCCGCCUCCUCGACGUCCUCGCCCAAGGCCGAGGACGGGGCCACGCCCUCGCCCAGCAACGAGACCCCGAAAAAAAAAAAGAAGCGCUUUUCCUUCAAGAAGUCUUUCAAGCUGAGCGGCUUCUCCUUCAAGAAGAACAAGAAGGAGGCGGGAGAGGGCGGUGAGGCCGAGGGCGCCGCCGGUACCUCGGCCGAAGGCUGCAAGGACGAGGCCGCUGGGGGCGCUGCUGCGGCCGCCGCCGAGGCCGGCGCGGCCUCCGGGGAGCAGGCGGCGGCGCCGGGCGACGAGGCCGCCGCGGGCGAGGAGGGGGCGGCGGGCGGCGACCCUCAGGAGAGCAAGUCCGAGGAGGCCGCCGUCGCGCCCGAGAAGCCGCCUGCCUGCGAGGAGGCCAAGGCCACCGAGGAGCCCACCAAGGCCGAGGAGAAGGCGGAGGAGGCCGGGGCCAGCGCCGCCGCCUGCGAGGCGCCCUCAGCCGCGGGGCCCGGCGCGCCCCCGGAGCAGGAGGCAGCUCCCGCGGAGGAGGCCUCGGCCGCGUCCGCCUCGUCAGCCUGCGCAGCCCCCUCACAGGAGGCCCAGCCCGAGUGCAGUCCAGAAGCCCCCCCGGCGGAGGCCGCAGAGUAAAGGGGCCAGAGUUUUUGAGAUAAUCGAAGAACUUUUCUCCCCCCGUUUGUUUGUUGGAGUGGUGCCAGGUACUGGUUUUGGAGAACUUGUCUACAACCAGGGAUUGAUUUUAAAGAUGUCUUUUUUUUUUUUUUUCUACUUUUUUUAAGCAGCAAAUUUUGUUUUUCCCCUUCCCCACAGAUCCCAUCUCAGAUCAUUCUGUUAACCACCAUUCCAACAGGUCGAGGAGAGCUUAAACACCUUCCUCUGCCUUGUUUCUCUUUUAUUUUUAUUUUUAUUUUUUUUUGCAUCAGUAUUAAUGUUUUUUGCAUACUUUGCAUCUUUAUUCAAAAAUGUAAACUUUCUUUGUCAAUCUAUGGACAUGCCCAUAUAUGAAGGAGAGAUGGGUGGGUCAAAAAGGGAUAGCAGACGAAGCGAGAGGGGCCACGAUGCGGAAAUGUAAGUGGUGCAGAGCAUCGCCAAGAUAAUGUGCCACUAGAAAUGAUGGUGUAAAGGCUUAGUCGUUUUUUUUUUUUUUAAGAAAAGUUAUUACGAUGUAUUUUGUGAGGCAGGUUUACAACACUACACGUCUUGACUAAGAAGGAAAGAGAGAAAAAAAAAAAAACACCAAUACCCAGAUUUAAAAAAAAAGAUCAUAGUCUUAGGAGUUCAUUUAAACCAUAGGAACUUUUCACUUAUCUCAUGUUAGCUGUACCAGUCAGUGAUUAAGUAGAACUACAAGUUGUAUAGGCUUUAUUGUUUAUUGCUGGUUUAUGACCUUAAUAAAAUGUAAUUAUGUAUUACCAGCAGGGUGUUUUUAACUGUGACUAUUGUAUAAAAACAAAUCUUGAUAUCCAGAAGCACAUGAAGUUUGCAACUUUUCCACCCUGCCCAUUUUUGUAAAACUACAGUCAUCUUGGACCUUUUAAACACAAAUUUUAAACUCAACCAAGCUGUGAUAAGUGGAAUGGUUACUGUUUAUACUGUGGUAUGUUUUUGAUUACAGCAGACAAUGCUUUCUUUUCCAGUCGUCUUUGAGAAUAAAGGAAAAAAAUCUUCAGAUGCAAUGGUUUUGUGUAGCAUCUUGUCUAUCAUGUUUUGUAAAUACUGGAGAAGCUUUGACCAAUUUGACUUAGAGAUGGAAUGUAACUUUGCUUACAAAAAUUGCUAUUAAACUCCUGCUUAAGGUGUUCUAAUUUUCUGUGAGCACACUAAAAGCGAAAAAUAAAUGUGAAUAAAAUGUACAAAUUUGUUGUGUUUCUUUAUGUUCUGACAAAAUACUGAGACUUCUAGGUCUUAGGAUAAUUUUGAGGAAGAUCUUGCAUGCCAUCAAGAGUAAAAUAGCUUGUGGUUUUUUUAUCUGAAGUUAAACUCUGAAAUAAUCAGCCUUGUCAGAUUAUAUACAGGAAGAUCUUAAAGCAUUCCAUGUCAAAUGUGUUCCCAUUUACUUGCAUUUAGCUUUCAUUUAAAAAUUGAAUUGAAGUAUUUUUAUUGUAGUUAUAUAGCAUGUCAGAAUAAAUCAUUUAAUACAAAAGCGGUGUGACCCGAAGACUAUUUAAAUGUCUUAUGUGAUAAUUGCAUAAAACUGCAUUUUUUUGUCAUGCAGGUCCAGAAACUUAAAUUGAUGACUGAGUCUCUAAUCCAAACUGCAGAUGGGCCAUGAAAAGUGGCCAAAUGUGUUUCAAAAAUUGAUGGUGUAUUACCUGCCGUUGUAAUUGCUUAGUGCUUGGCUAAUUUCCAAAUUAUUGCUUAGGUUAUGUGUUCUACCUUAGGAAAACAGGCUUAUGUAAAGAAGUAAUGGUGAUGAAUGGAUGACAUUGUCAAUUUAUGGGCCUUUAGUACUUGCCUCAACUCAAUAGUUGCAAGCAGUUUUUUAAAUGAAGGUAGUGUAUUAGCAUCUUGUUACUCAAAGAGAUAGAGAGUAAUACUUAUAUAGUAAUAAUCCUCACUAGUUUACCUUCUUUGUUCUUUAUCAUCCCAUAACUGGAUUUUUCCCCCCCACUGGACCCUAAACUCAAUUGAAUUUUAAGAUAAAGAUGUGUAUCAAAUACCAUUCAUUAAAUACAAAGAAAAGUUAUUUAUGCACACAUGCUUUAGUGUUUGAGCAGUGUGCCUUGUAGGGUUUAUAGUAAGUCAGCUAACCACAUUUGUAACAACUGAAUGCCAAAUCUUAAACUCCUAUCAAAUUAGUUUUUGACAUGGGCUUUUAAUUGGAAUUAAUAGGUCAUAAAUAGUUCAUGACCUCUGCUUAUCAAACACCCUGCCCACUAAUAAAAUCAAGUAAUAUUUAGAAGCGUGUAUACUUUCAGUUGGGGUUUCUUGAUCUUGGAGGAUGUUUGGAAGUUAAAAGUCAAAUCUGGUAACCAAAGGACUGCUUUAUCGGGUCUUUCCCACCUUUUUCUCAAGUACCUACUUGGCCAAGUACAGCUCCUGGUAUGUGGUAGGACUCAGAAAAGAAUGGAUUUUUAAAAGUAACUCUUGACUAGUCGAAAAUACUGUGUAGCCAACUAUAUUGCUAGGUUUGUUCUUUUAACAGCUGAAUUUAUUAAGAUGCAUUAUUUUUAUUUUAAUCAUUGCCUAAAACACUUUGGGUGGUAUUGAUGGUGUGGUGGGUUUUCCACCAAAUGAUUAAAUGAGAUUUGACAUAUAUCUUUUCAUCCAAAGUUUUGUACAUCACAUUGUUUUCUAAUGGAAAAAUGUUAAUAUGGCUUUUUGUAUUACUAAAAAUAGCUUUGAGAUUAAGGAAAAAUAAAUAACUCUUGUACAGUUCAGUAUUGUCUACUAAAUCUGUAUUGGCAGUAUGUAUAAUGGCAUUUGCUAUGGUUAUAAAAUACUUCGUCUGGAUUAUAAUCAUUUGAUCCAAUUCCUAUUGCUUGUAAAAUAAAGUUUUACCAGUUGAUAUAA